UGUAGCUGCGUGUGGGAGGAUAUGAGCUACAGAUAUGUUAAUGAAUGUCUUCACAGAAUCCUGGAAAUGCUUUUAUAGAAAUACAGAAAACUAUUCAUAAAUAUUGUCUGUGCUGAUGCAUAAUCUGCUCUUUUUGGGUUCUGGUUUGUGAAUCAUUUUCUAACUCUUUUGAUUUUUUAUUCUUAUUCUGUAUCUUUCCUCAGCUGAUGAUGAUACCACAGCUUGAGGGUGUUAUAGAAGGUUCAGAGCCAUACAUACAUCUCUAUACAGCUUCUCUUUACUGUUAUGAAACAUAUAAUGAUUUUUACCGGGGCUGGGUGAUAGGACGAUUGAGAGAUGAUAUCAGAGUGUCAGUCUCCAGAGACUUUGCCAUGCCGGGUACCCUUUACCAAUCGGUGUGUAGGACCAAUGUAAUGUAAUGCAAUGUUGUUAAUCAAACAGCAGGACUGAUUGAAGGUGUCAAUGGAUUUGUAAUGUGAGGACGUACCCUGAUUUGUCCAUUUGGAUUUGAAUUCUUUUUGGUUAUUUUGACUUUCACAGCUCAUCCUUGAACUUUGAAAGCUAUAAAACAAGCAAGUAAAUGGACCUUGAGCAGUAAGUCUUGACACAUAACCCCAUGAAAUUGCAACUUCUUUAUUUUACACUUUGGUUUUGUAAACAUUAAACAAAAGAUAUCUUAGGUGUUAAUAAGUGAGCUUCAGAGGUGCUGGUAACCCGGUUUUACCUUUACCUUUGGACAGUACCACACUAGCUGUUUCUCCAUUGCUUUUAGGCUUUACGCCAAGCUAAGCUAACCAUCUCCUGCCUCUAACUCCAUAUUUAAGGGACAGAAAUGAGAGUGGUGUCAAUCUUCUCAUAUAACUCUCUGCGAGUUAGUGAAUAAGCUUAAUUCCCAAAAAUGACUCAUUUAAAUCAACAUGGAUCAGAAGACCUGAGGUACUCAGAAUAGUGAAAAGCUGCUGAUGAAGACUGUGUGAUAUGAUCAAAAGCUCCAGAACAAGCGAGCAAUUUGACUUUGAGUUGAAGUUGUUUUUUUUAUUAUUGUUUACUUGAUUCUUUAAUAGUUUCAAUUGCUUUUCCAACAAAAAAUGUACCAUCUAUACAUCAUAUAUAUCAAAAUAAAUAAUAUACUAUAGAAGGUUUUCUUCUUAUUGCCCUCUCUUUCAUAUAAAUGUGCAUAAAGACAUCUAUUUUAAUAUUUGUGCUGCUUUUUGUGCAAUACUUCACUGCCAAUCUUCAUCAAAAUACUUAUUUAUAUUUUACUUUUAUUUGUAAUAAACAACAACAUAUGAAUAUUUUUGUCAUCAUCAUCAUUAGGCUACUCCGUUUUUUUCAAUUUCAGUAACAAAAAACUAUUAUAUAAAAACAAUCAAAUUAUGACUAAGAAAGGAGGCAUAAUAAUCUGCUGACUGUAUUUCUAGUCAGAACAAAUUCAAAUAACCUCCUGCAGCAGUUAAUGCUUUAAUAACGUGGCAUUAUUUGACAAAUGGGUGGAGGUUGAUCUGUAACAACCUAUAAUGGGUUUUUUUUUUCUACCACCCAAGUUUUUUUUUCUUUCUGUCUGACUGGGUGUGCCUCUUGUCUGUAAUAUGAGAGCCACAUGACCAAUAGGAAAGACAAACAGCCUGCAAGUUAGUGUGUUUCUUCCGCAAACUUUUUUAAGUUUCUGCUGUGUUGUAAGAGAAGCAAGAGAGCAGGCCACAGUUCAACGACACUGGAACAGAGCUAAUAAGUCCGAGUAACAUCAGCAAACAUGGCAGACCAGCUACAAAAGCUUAUAGCAGACAAGAAGAACGUGGUGGAGAACGUGAUGGAAGUGUUUGAGCAGGGCGCUGAAGCAGUGGCCAGUAUCGCCGGUGACCUCUUCCCCGUUUUCUCCAUCGCUGCCCCCAUUGUUAAACUGGCUCUGGACAACGUGGAGAGCAAAGAGGCUGCGUUCAUGAAGGAGCAGUUCCAGAAAGUCCGUGAGCGUCUGGAGGUGGUCUCGGAGGAGAUUCAGCGGAUCAACGAUGAGAUCAAGAAAAGUGGGGUGGAUGCUGCGUAUUUCUCAGUGGAGGAAAACAUCACAAAUCAGUUCAGGAAGUACAUGGACAUCCUCAACGCCAAACCUAAGUUCAGGGAGGUCAAGAAGAAGCUUUUCUUGGAACAUUUUGCCAAGACCGGGGGGGACAAAAACCUGAACACCCUCUACAACGCUGUGACGGGAGAUAACUUCUCUGGGGAGUCUGUGCUCGAGAUCACCCUGAACUACGAGGAGAAAAGUCGCCGGGCGAUGGAAGACUUCUGCGCCAGGCUGAAGAAGCUGUUCUGCAUCGGGCUCAUCGCGCUGUUGGGUCACGCUGCUCUAAAGGAGUAUGGCGAGGAGGAGGAGCUCCUGAAAGACUGGGGUGAGAAGAUGAAGGCUGUCCAGGUUAAAAUGAAUGCUGUGAUCGAAGACUGCAUCGUCAGCUUCCCCAAACAGGCUGAGCUGGAGUCUCGUCGACUGGUGAGAGACCAGGCGGACUUAAGCAACCAGCAGCUAGCUGAUGCUCUCAUAGAGAAACUAAAGAAGAAGUAUGACUGGGUGGGCUGGUCUGUGCGUGUUUUCAGGUCCCCUUCAGGUCUGUUCACAAACAAGAAGGAUUUCCACUGCCCCACAGGGAAGAGUCGCUUCCACGUUUCUUCAUCGGAUGAGAAACUUAAUGUUGUGGUGUCCUACAGCUCCUCCUCUGAGCCUGUGGAUAAGAAUCACAUCCAGCAACUGAUCGACAGUCAGAAGAAAGUCACAGUGGUGAGUGUCGCAGAGCUGUUGUUUGAGCAGCUGCCCGGCUCCUGCGUGGUCCACACAGUCAAAACCAGCAAAGACCUGGCCUGCUCCUGGAGCUUCUCCGAUGAGCUUCACUACUGGGAGGAGCAAAAAAACUUCUACGUCUGCGUUCACUCUGCUUGAAGAGCAUACACUCAAAAAGUUACUCAUUCUAUAUGUAUGGGAAUCUUCAUAUUUGCACCAAAAAAGCACCACUGCUGCCUAAUCUGCUUGCCUUUAGGAGUUAAAAUUUUCCCAGAAUGUGCCUUAACUGCACCUCAUUGAUAGUCUUUUAUAACUGAGUUGGUGUCUUUUCCUCUUGCUUGCUCCUGCAGACAUGAGGAGCAUCCACAAGAAACCAACAUAAACUAUUAUUUAACUAACAGUAAUGUCUUUUCUGAUCCCUGCAGCCAUGCUUUGCUUAUUUCUCAAAGCAGGUGUGCAGCACUUGUGUGCUCACCACUUGGUUUAGGCUGCUUUAUGUUCUAAUGUCUCUUUUUGUUAGGAAAUUGAUUGAUUUUAAAAUGAAAUGUUGGCAUAACAUCUAAAUCUUAAUUUUAUUUUGCAUUUAUAAAUUUCAGAGGGAAGCAGUUGUUUUGUUACAAGGUGGACAUGUCAAAUUUGUUUAUUUAUAGAAACCGGCUGUCAUAUGGAGAUUGUGCCUCUCUGGUAGUGAUAAGCAGUGACCUCACCCUGAGGACGUGCACACCAAAGCCAUGAUAGAAACGGUCUCCAGACAUUUACAGAGACUGAGACAGAAGCCUUAAAGUCCACAUUUUGACUUAUUUUCUUGUAUUCAUCUGACAAAAAAUAGUAAACCCUGUUAAUAGCUGCUGUACAGAACAAAUUCAGUUCAAACAUGGUGCAAAUGGCAGUGCAGCACUCAGGGCUGAACAAUCCUUUUUAGCCAAAAAAUGAAGAAUGGCAACAAUAAAACUUUAUUUACACAGCAGCACUUUGUUUACAUACAGAUAUUUAGCAUAGCUACUCCUGUGUUAUAUCUGUGUCUGUGCAACACAAACUGGAAUCUUGUACCUUCUCAAAACCCUGAACUUCCUUAUUAUGUUUUUUUUGUUAGUUGGAAUUUUAUUUUAGACAUUAUAAAUCGUAACAUGUGGAUUUGGGAUCUUCUUACGAUGUGAUUUUGAUCAAAGUUUGCAUAAUGUGACCAUGACAGUUGUUUGGAGGUAUGUUAACACAACGAUGUGGGAGCAAAAAUACAAAUACAUCAUGGAAACACAGCACUUGUAUAUCACUGACAUGUUUGUUUUUUUAUAUUUUGUGUGAUAUUGUAAACCACUGUAACCUGUUGUGUGUGUUUCUUCUUUGUUUGUCUUGUUCAUAUGUUAUUGCCAAAGUUUGAGUUGCUAAUUGAAAAAUUAUUUUAUCAUCUGACCAAAAUAUGCCCCAUAUUUACUGUAUUAGUAAACUGAUGGAAAUGUUUAUGUUGCACACCUGUUAUAUAAUAUUUGCAUAUCCACACAGCAUAUUAGAUGGGUUAUGAGUGUCUCUGAUUCAUAUACUUUUGAUACACCAAAGCAAUGAAUGUAGAAAAACUUUAA